CGCCUGUUUAAUCUCAAAACCCAUCUGUCUCCUUCAUCUCCCUCUCUCUCUUUCUUGAAUCUUGAUCUCUUUGCUUCAGCAAGAAAACAGAAGAAAAUGUCUAAAGUUACCACAGAGCUUGACUUCUUCGGUCUUGAGAAGAAUCAGACCAACAACACUCCAAAACCCAAGUUCAAGAAAUUUCUCGACCGUCGUCGCAGCUUCCGAGGUUUUGUUUUAUCUUUAUUCUUCUUGAUUUCUCUUAUCCUUUAACGAUUUGGUUUUAACUUUCAAUACAGAAAUGCAAGGUGCGAUUUCAAAGAUAGAUCCUGAGAUUAUCAAAUCACUGUUAGCUUCUGGUGCUAACGGUUCGGACUCAUCCACCAGAUCGCUUUCAGUUCCAUCUACUCCCAAGGAGGAUCAUCCUCAUAUCAUGUCUUCUCCAGUCCACGCGCCUCUUUCCAGGCCAAGUGUGGAACCUGUCUCUGGAACUGUUCCCAUGACAAUCUUCUACAAUGGAACCGUCUCCGUUUUCCAAGUGUCUCCUAACAAGGCUGAGGAUAUAAUAAAGGUGGCCAUGGAAACUUCACCAAAGAAUGGCAAAUCUAUGGAGAAAAAUAUUUCGGUAAUUCAUCCAACUACCCUAAGGUCAAAGCUAUUUGACAAGAAUCUAGAAGGAGAUCUUCCCAUCGCAAGAAGAAAGUCACUACAAAGGUUUCUUGAGAAGCGCAAGGAGAGGUAAUUGCUCUCCGACCAGCCAAGGAUUAACCCCAAAACAAUUAAACUAGAAGGUUAGCAUCAACAUGUCCUUACUUUCCGACAUCAGCCUAAAACGAAACUCUCAUCUCUUUCUUUUUUGAUUAAGACUUGAAACCAAAUCAGUUCAUCUUGCAUUUGGCUUCUCCCAAAUCUUUUAGGAUCACGACAUGCUUUAGUAUACGACGUUUCUUUUUUAAGAAUAUACUUAAACACUCUGCGGUAUUAUAUAUGAAUUUAUGUUUCAUAUGUUUUGUUAUUACUAGUACUAGGAAACCACCCCGCGCGUA